GAAGGAUCCGGUCCUGGAGGUGUUUCACAGUCACAGACAGGCUGAACGACGACAUGACGACGACAAGACGGACCAGAAACGCGGGAAAGGCGCAGUUUAAAGACCAGCUGAGCCGGGAGAUGAGGAGGAGCAGACUGGCUCUCUUCAUCCAGCAGUUUGAGAAAGAAGCACAGGAGCGGAUGAACGAGUUGGACAGCAGGAAGGAGAACAUGCUGGCCACGGUGGACAAAGUGUUCAAGGUGGAACUGAUGAAGAUGCCUCCUUCUCUUCAAAACACGCGCAUAGGGGACUUAAUAGGCGAGGAGGAGACCUCAGCCAGUGAGGUGAGCAUCGCCAUGAAGAAUGAGUCCCUGGAGAUGCAGCAGCCACUCAGGAGGGCGCACAGUAAAAGAGUAAAAUCAACUGAUUCUUCACCAGGUCAGUCCACCCCAACACACAGGUCCUCAUCCAAGGCCUCUAAGGGAGCAAAGGGGACAAAAAGGACGAGAACAUUAGUUGGCAGUAACAGCACUGGAAAUGUCAGGGGUUCCUCCGUCUCUACCAAAAGAACUCAAAGCUGCUUGACCAAGACCAGUGAAUUGACUGUACCGGACAAACCCAAACUCAGGUCUGUCGUCUCUGCUGGUGAUCUGCAUUGUUCAGCGGCAGGCUCUGCUGCACACAUCACUGUUACCACAGCACAGGGACAGACUGUAUGCUUUUCUGAAGAGACGAAGGCGGAUAUUAACUUCGACUUGCUGGAUGAUGUGGCAUGGUGCCAUAUUCAGAAGCUCACGAGUCUGAUGGACCAUCUGUCGAGGCGAGGUCGAUGAGUGACGAUCACUGUGACCAGGAUUUUUCUCCCAUUUGGAUUUAAUCACAUUAAUUUAUAGAAGUGUUUUUUUUUUUGUAUAAUAAAGAUUAUUUGUAUUACA